UCGGCGGAUCCAUGGCGGUUUCGAGCGAGAAGGCGACCGUACGAGUCUUGUGCCGGAGUUUGAAUAUCUCCGGCAAUGAAGUGGCGAGCUUCCAAUGGCUCAUCGGAUCCCCUUUUUUCCCGCCUUUCACCGUCGUCUCCACCUUACGAUGCAUCCAUCGGGCUCCUCCGUCGUCUUCUCCAGAUUUCGUCCGAGAAUCUGAUGAUCUUCGGGUAUUAUUACCAAAAGGUUUUGAAGUCAUUGGGGCUCUAAUAAUUGGGAAUUCUGAUGCCGAGAAAAAUGCCAUGGAGGCUGUUGGAGCUGCUCGGCGAUUACGAAAGCAUUUAUCUAAGGGGGGAGAGUUAGAUGACGAAAAGACGGUUGGUGGUGUUUUGGAUGCACAAUCCGGUAACUUUCACCUCUUUGUCUCUAGAAGCGAGAAGUCAACCAAGUUAGAGCCUGUUACUUCUGUUGUGUACGAGGAUAGACCUGAGAAGUAUCUCUGGGAGACCGGUUGCUUGCUUCACUGUGAGCUGCCAAUCAAAUUGCCCAUCUAUUUUCCCGCUAACAAGCCAUCUGGUUGUGAGGAGAUGUUUUCAGAUGCCAUAGAGGCACUUGUUUCCCAGUUCAACGAACCAUAUGUUGCAUAUAUGGCUGAGACCCUGCAGAAAGCAUCUGGAGAAUUGCCAAAACCAGUUAUCUUCCGUGGAAAAGAUUUGGGCUUUGGCGCUGAUGCUUUGAAUAUCAACCUUCUUGGGACUUCUGACCGAGACUCUGACAAACAAAUGCUGCCAUGUUCACAUUUUUGCUUGAACAGCAAAUCAACUACAGCAAGAUUUUCAGCAGAGAAUGCAGAUAAAAUCCAAGUAUCGGUUCUACACAAUAGGUCUGAAAAGUCCCUGAACUCUGAUGCCCCUGGCGCAGAAUAUUUUCCAGCUACCGAAGAAUCUAGGAUCGUUGUUGUUGAUUUGAAGCUUGACGUGCUUUGUUAUGCACCCAAGGAUCUUCCUCUUAUGCAUGCGAUUUCAAGUUUUGUUGUCCCUGCUUUGGUUGAUCAGUUAUAUUCACUGAAGAAGAUUAUUUUACCAAACCUCUUGUUGGAACAUCCUCAGCUGCGUGUUUGUCACUUUAAUCCACCUGGGUUAGUACACCCAGUGACAACUAUAUACGAGCUUAACUAUGGGGAGACCGAAAUGAAGCAAGUUGAUGUUAGAAAAUCCCUGCACUUGAGGCUUGUUCUGCCUAUGGAUCGCCCGCUUUUAAGAAUUGCCAAUGCCUUGGAUUUGUCUUUGAAUGAUGACUCAAGGAUCAACCUGAAGAGAAGGGGUUCCACCUUGCUCAAAGAUGUACAUAUCGGAAUUCCUAGCAGCGGAGUUUCGGGUGGUGUUGUAUCUCUUAUCCAAGGGCCUUAUGAGUACUACCAUUACCUUCAUGAUGGUUUUGAUGACUCGGGCUGGGGUUGUGCAUACCGUUCCUUGCAGACUAUUAUCUCCUGGUUUAGGCUUCAACACUAUACAUCCAUUGCUGUUCCUUCCCAUAGGGAAAUACAACAGACACUUGUGGAGAUCGGGGACAAGGAUCCUUCUUUUAUAGGGUCGCGCGAGUGGAUCGGUGCCAUUGAAUUAAGUUUCGUGUUGGAUAAACUUCUGGGUGUGAGUUGCAAAAUCAUGAACGUGAGAUCUGGAUCUGAGCUUCCAGAGAAAUGCCGCGAGUUAGCUAUGCACUUUGAGAACCAAGGAACCCCGAUAAUGAUCGGAGGAGGGGUUCUCGCUUAUACUCUUUUGGGAGUGGAUUAUGAGGAGGCGACCGGAGACUGCGCGUUCCUAAUAUUGGAUCCGCAUUACACAGGAAGCGACGAUCACAAGAAGAUCGUGAACGGCGGAUGGUGCGGGUGGAAGAAAGCAGUGGAUAGCAAAGGGAAGAGUUUCUUCUUGCAUAACAAGUUUUACAAUCUUCUUCUUCCUCAACGCCCUAACAUGGUCUGAUCAUUCACCGUUAUCAGUUUCCUUGUCUGAAUAGCCUUCGCCUUAAGUGAAUUUUCAAGGUUUUAUGAUUUCUAAUUGGUCUUUUGUUUUUUGUUAUGUAACUUCGUAGAUUCCGGAUUCUGUUCCUCUUUUAAGUGCACAAGCCUGCUUCUAUUGGACUUGGAUAAUUUCUUUUUA